AUGGAGAAUAGAGAAGAGAGCAUAUGCAUCAUUGGAGCUGGAAUCAGUGGCCUUCUUGCCUGCAAAUAUGCAGUCUCAAAGGGAUUUUCUCCGGUGGUUUUUGAAUCUUCCAGCUCCAUUGGUGGGGUUUGGACUAAAACAAUUGGAACCACUAAGCUCCAAACUCCCAAACCACUCUUCCAGUUCUCUGAUUUCCCAUGGUCUUCUUCUGUUGAUACAGAUAUCCCUACCUCACAUCAAGUCUUGGACUACAUCGAAUCCUACGCGAAACACUUCGAUUUAUACCCUUACAUCCGGUUCAACACUAAGGUGUUGAGCCUGAGGUUCGAAACACCAGAUGAGAACGCACAAUCAUCCUGGAAUCUGUGGGGCGGCUCUGGCGAGCCGUUUAGCAAUAAUGGGACAUGGGUUGUGACUGCCCAAGAUACUGAAUCGGGUUCUACUGAGAUUAUCCGGUUCAAGUUUGUAAUCCUGUGUGUUGGUCGAUUCAGCGGCGAGCCUAACAUUCCUGAAUUUCCAGCAGGUAAAGGGCCUGAAGCUUUUCAGGGCAAAGUAAUUCAUUCAAUGGACUACUCAAACAUGGAUGAUGCCGCUGCUGCCGGAUUCAUCAAAGGGAAGAGUGUUGCUGUUGUGGGAUUCCAGAAAUCCGCCGUGGAUAUCGCCAUGGAGUGCUCCACUGCCAACGGAUUGGAUCAUCCAUGUACAGUUCUGUACAGGACAAAGCGCUGGAGUAUACCUGAUUUCUUUCCAUGGGGGAUUCCAUUAGUAUUUCUGUACCUGAAUCGCUUCUCUGAGCUUUUAGUCCACAAACCCAAUGAAGGGUUCCUGUUAAGUCUCCUGGCAGCUCUCCUUUCACCCUUGAGGUGGUUAAUUUCCAAAUUCGUGGAAAGUUACAUUAAGAAUAAACUGAGGCUUAGCAAAUUCGGGAUGGUGCCAGAACACAGCUUUCUGAACGAAAUGAACUCUUGUUUGAUUUUCAUAGUGCCCGAAGAUUUCUACAACCGGGUCGAAAAUGGAAGCAUCAACCUGAAGAACGCCCCGAGUUUUGUUUUCUGUAAAAAAGGUAUCUUGAUUCAGAAUCACAAGAAUCUGGAAGAAGAAGAGUUGGUGGAGGCAGAUGCUGUGAUACUUUGCACAGGAUUCAGGGGCAUCCACAAGCUCAAACACAUCUUUGAAUCCGCCAUUUUCCAACAUUACAUUGCCGGGGCAAAUGCUGCUGCGGUACCUCUCUACAGGGAGUGUAUUCAUCCGAGGAUCCCACAACUGGCAGUGAUAGGAUUCUCUGAAAGCUUUUCGAAUCUGUACACAUCGGAGAUAAGGAGCCGAUGGGUGGCAGAGCUCCUCCACGGCACCUUCGAGAUACCAAGCAUUCAUGACAUGGAGAGAGACAUAGCAGCUUGGGACAAUUUCAAGAAGAAAUAUUCUGGAAAAUACUACAGAAGAUCAUGCAUUGGAGCCUUGCACACAUGGUACAAUGACCAGUUGUGCAAGGACAUGGGCUGGAAUCCUCGCAGGAAGAAUGGCUAUAUAGCUGAUAUGUUCCUGCCUUAUGGUCCACUUGAUUACACAACAAAUUAA